AUGAGGAGUGUCUCCGAUUCAGCUUUGGUCGCUGGACACACAUGGUGCGAGAAUUCGCCAAAACCACCACAAAUGCAUGAAGGAAGGAGACUCCCACCAACACCAGGUGGAGGCCGGAGAGAGCUCCUCCCAUUGAACAGCAUAGACCUACAAAGAUAUGCAUGGUUUGAACAAAAAGAUCGGGAUAGAUUACGAAAAGAACGCAUGAAACAGCUGGAAGAUGACCAGGAAUUGCAUAAGAAACAAAUGGAAUCCUUUCUCAAAGAGCUGCGAGAGCAAGUAGAAGAGAUGAAGCGUUUCUGUGAAAAUCUCAACGAACUUGGCAGUGCUGACCUCGACCCGAAAAUACCAUCUCUCUAA